GCGAGCGUUUGCCGGUCAAGUAGGUCUGAGCUCUUUGUUUGCCCGAUGCCCAAGUCGAAGCUCCAAUGGCGGGCAUUUGACGAGGAUUCUCCUCCGCCGGUGGCAGAGGCCGAGACUUCGCCGGGUGUCUCCUUAGAUGCAGCCCUGGCCGGCUUUGGGGUGAGCCGGAAGGCCUGCCGGCAGUUGCGAGCAGAACUGAGGCUCGAGGAGGACAGCUUUCAGUGCCUGCAUCACCUCUGGCGCCUCGACGCGCGCCGGGUGGAGUCGGCGUUGCGGCGCCUGCCUGGCGCCGAGGCGAUCCUGCAGCUGCUGGAGUCGGAGGAGCCGACGCCAGGUGAAAUGGGCGGCUCGAGAACAGAGUGCGGAAUCUCAGAAGUGGCAGAAGCCGCUCCGGAGAGUGCAUCACCCGUGGGCUUGGAAGAGGCUCUUCCUGUAAGAGCUGGACUUUCGGAGGUGCGCAGUGCUUUGCCCCGCAUGCUUCCUGGAACCACCGCGCUGGGCCGCGAGGAGCGCAGCCGGGCGCUGCGGCGGCGGCUGAAGGCGGAGCUUCCGCCGGCGCCGCAGGCGGCGCUGAAGGCGGCGGCAGCGAAGCUGCGGGAGGAAGGCCCCAGCGCUGCUGAGAGUUACGUCACGGAGGUUUGGAAGCACCUGCAGCUCUUGGAGACAGGCGUGGAGCUCAUGGUGGGGCUGGUCACCUCCUACGAGCGCAAGAUGCAGCUCGCCCUGCGCAACGUCCUGGCCCGCGCCGCCUCCGCGUCCGCGUGCGCCUCCGCUGCCGCUGCCGCCGGGGGCUCGCGCGCGGGCGGCGCCGAGCUGUUCGUACUCCCGGAGGCCUUUCUGCUCCAGG